AUUGGGAAGACAUUGCCCCAAUCAGACAUGCAAUGAACAUCAAAAGUGGAGACAGACUCUUCACAAUUGCAUCAUGUGGUGCCAAUGCUAUGACCCUUCUUCUUGAUGACCCUGCUGAUGUCGUGGCCCUUGAAUUAUCCAUUCCACAGCUACAUUUGGCAAAGUUACAAGCAGCUUGCAUUAAACAUCUGUCAUACCAAGAUUUCAUUGACUUCACUGGAGUCGACAGGGAGAAUGUAAAACCUGAAGAGCGAGUCAGAAUAUACAAAGCCAUUAAAGGAGCCCUUGAACCACCAACCCAAGAGUACUGGGACGCUCAUAUGGAAGCUAUUCAAUUUGGUGUUAUGCACUGUGGCAUUUUUGAUACCAAAAAACGUACUGCAGCCUAUGAUUUAUUCUUUGUUGCUUUGGAUCAAACAGACAUCCAAAGGUUCAUAUCCAUGGGAGAUGAUAUGAAGGAGCAAUCUGAUUUUUUUGAGAAUGUAAUGAACACAAAAUAUUUCCGAAGGGCGAUGAAAAAGUUAGUUCACUGUCUCAUGUCUGAUUUCAACUUUUCGAUCUAUCCUGAUGAGGACUAUCCAACCAUCUUUGGCAGGAGAAUGGAAGAGAUUUGCAAGAAUAUCCCAGCGAAAAGAAACCACUGUAUAGAGUACAUGCUAACAGGUGGCUACUCGGGGAAAUACAACCUACGAGAUUAUCAAAUUAAAGAGAAUUUCCCCAUUCUGAAAGAGAGGGUAGAACGUAUGCAAUGGGUACAAGGUGAACUCACUGAUUGGCUCAGAAAAUAUCCGGCGUCAAAGCAACAAAUGUUUGAUGGUGUAUGUCUCUCAAAUAUAUCAGAUUGGUUAGUGCAUGAAAACCAUAACUCUGCAAUUCGGUCAGCCGGGAAAAUCUGCAAACAGGGAGGGCGAAUUGUGUUUUGGAACGGGAAAGGCAUGCCUAAGUACUGGCCCGAAGAGAUGAUAGAUACAGUCAUCAAAGUGGAGCAUGAGCUUGAAGCAGAGUCAGUUAAAUAUGAUAGGAUGCCAUGGUGGGAACCACUCAGAGUGGCAACCGUCUUAUAAUAUAAGAAACAAUGAACUCAACUCAAUUUAAGAAUAGUGUGGUACAUAUGAUUUUGGAAGAGUAACUCAUUUUAUAAUGACAAUGAACUUUUAUCAACUAUUAUACAUUGUACAAAUAUUGUGGUAUAUACGGAUUUAAUGGUCAUUUCUUAAUUUGAAUUUGAUAAACUAACCCAUGUUGGGUGUUCAAUUAUACACAUUUAUGUAAGGUUGAUACCUAAUAAAAAGGAAAUUAAAAAUAAUUGUGAAGUUAAUUCUUUCCCAAUAAUCGAGAAUUGUGAUCAUCAUAGAUUGCUGCUAAAAAUCAUGAAAUAUCAACCAUUUAUCUCAGACUUUUCUUCUGUCCAUGAUAAGUC